AGACCACUGAUAACACCAAACUUGUCAAAUAUGUUUUUAACAAAAUAAAUCAAUUGUGUACAAUCGUUUGUGUUCGAAUAUUACUGUAAGUAUGCUGAGUGAAUUAAUUAGGCGCUGUACCCGAAGCAGCCAGCAGAGGGCGGUAUUGAUCGUACACAGGGAUUCUACGCCCUCAGUCAUCACUGAUCAGUGAUUAAUUCAAAUACUAAUUAACUAAAUAAAUGAUAGUUAAUUUUUCCAAAGCUUUAUUAGGUGACCGUCGCUGUAAGAAGAAGCUCUGAGGUGAACCUGCAGGAGGCUGGUUGUCAUGGUAACCGCUAGAUCUCAUAAAAACGUUUGGAAAAAAGAUGUCAUGUCGACAUGACACCCAAAAGCGUCCAGCAGAGGGGACUGUUACUCUGCAACUUCUGGUACUGACUUUCAAAUUGCUCACAUGACUCGUCCCUGAGUCUUCUCUCCUCAAGGCCACCGACCCGAGCGUGUGGGCGGGGCCACAGAGUGCCAGGAGGAAGUGCAAAGAGUAGACGCCUCGGAGGAUUGCGAGGCAACCAGGUAGUCGCUGCUCCAGGCCAGAGGUCCUCCUCAGAAACGCACCAACGAAGAAGACGAACUAAAAAUGCAUCGUUGCCUUGGCGACGGGGCCGCUCCUCCACACCCACGCCGAUCACCCCGACUUGCUCACUGUAGAUGCCAGAGAGUGAGCGAGAGAGAGGUGUGUGUUCUAACCCACGCACUGGAGUGGGAGAUAGUGUGCGCAUGCUCACGUGCACACACACACACACACACACACACACACACACACACACAGCAGUGUGUGCGUGGGCUGAACCCAGCAGCCUUCCACUCGUCCUGCUUCUUCCUCUCUCCUCAUCAGCAUCCUCCUCUUCCUCCCUGCUGGAUCAGUCCUUCAUGAUGGAGAACAAGUUGCUCAUCUGCUGGGAUGGGCUGGGCAGCUCCCACAAUACCAUCUGAAGGUCUCUCUGCCGCUAUCCACCUGAGGCGUCCCCACGGCCUCGUCCAUCCAAGACAUCGAGUUGCCCCUCAGACUGGUCGAGGACCAGAUCAGGAUACUGAAGCCUUAAAGCAGUCCGGCUCGGGAUCAGACCAGCACAGUUUGAUGGGACUGCUGCCAGUAGCCACAUGCCUCUGAGUCCAGCUGCUGACACCAAACAUGAUCGCCCACGCCAACAGGCGAUUACUAACGGCAACCCGACAGGCUCUACCGUGGCCAGGGACGACGACGCGGAGGACACGCCCUCUGGAAACAGCAUCGUCGUCCGCAUCGGCAUCCCGGACCUUCAGCAGACGGUAACACACACGCUACUCUCGUUAGGCCACUUGACUCUGCGGCACCGGUGGAGGACAGGAAGACAAAGUGAAGGUAGAGUCAGUCAAACAUGUCCUCUGUCCAUCUCUGGCUCCCUCAGAAGUGUUUGCGGCUGGACCCAGAUUUACCCGUUUGGACCACCGGCGUUCAACGGCCGAGCUGGCAAGUUUCUGGAUGAGGAGCGACUGUUGAAAGAGUACCCCCUCCCUCCUAUCACGCCCAUCCCAUACCUGGAGUUUCGUUACAAACGCAGAGUUUACACGCAGAGUUACGUGGACGACAAGCAGCUGGCCAAGCUGCACACAAAAGCCAACCUGAAGCGCUUCAUGGAACAUGUCCAUCAGAAGAACUUGGAGAAGGUUUCCAAAUGGCUGGAAAAAGGACUGGAUCCAAAUUUCCACGACUCUGACAGUGGUGAGUGUCCUCUGACACUGGCGGUCCAGUUGGAGGAGAGCUGCGAGCUCAUCAAAGUUCUCCGCAGUGGUGGCGCUCACCUGGACUUCCGCACCAGAGAUGGGAUCACCGCCCUGCAUCGGGCCGUCCUGUGCCGGAACAGCGCCGCUCUCACGACCCUGCUGGACCUGGGAGCUUCGCCGGACUACAAGGACAGCAGAGGACUCACGCCACUCUAUCACUGCGCCAUGGUGGGUGGCGCCCCCUACUGCUGUGAGCUGCUUCUGCAGGACCACGCCACCAUUGGCAUGACAGACGAGAACGGAUGGCAGGAAAUCCACCAGGCGUGUCGCUAUGGAAACGUACAGCACUUGGAGCACCUGCUGUUCUAUGGUGCUGACAUGAGCUCCCAGAAUGCAUCAGGAAACACUGCUCUGCACCUCUGCGCUCUUUACAACCAGGACAGCUGUGCCAGAGUGCUGCUCUUCAGAGGAGCCAACAAGGACAUCAAGAACUACAACAACCAGACUGCCUUUCAGGUGGCCAUCAUCGCUGGCAAUUUUGAUUUGGCUGAAAUUAUCAAGAUCCACAAAACCUCUGAUGUUGCAGUUCCCUUCCGAGAGACACCGUCCUACACCAAACGCCGCCGCUUGGGAACCAUCAGGUUGCCAGCAGGAAACGGUCUCUCCUCACCGCGCUCUUUGAUUCGCUCAGCCAGUGACAACGCGCUGGAAAGCCCCGCCUCCUCUCCCGGCCCCUCCUUGCAAAGCUUGGAAACGCAUCAUGACACACACACACACUCACUACGACGACACACUCGCAGGCUCAGUCCGAGUGGCACUGGUGGUCACGUGGAGACCAGCCCCCCAUCCUCGCCCCCGCUAACCCCCCAGCUGAGGAAGAAGAGACUGUACAGUGCCGUGCCGGGACGCACCUUCAUUGCCACGCGUUCCCACGUGCCCCAGGGGCCCGGAGAGAUCCAGCUGCACCGCGGCGAGAGGGUGAAAGUCCUGUCUAUCGGGGAAGGAGGAUUCUGGGAAGGAAGCGUCAAAGGAAGAACCGGCUGGUUUCCCGCCGACUGUGUGGAAGAGGUCCAGAUGAGACAGUAUGACCCCCGACUGGAGACGAGGGAGGACCGCACCAAGAGACUCUUCCGGCAUUACACAGUGGGCUCCUACGACAACUACACGUCCUACAGCGACUACGUGAUCGAGGAGAAGAUGGCCGUGCUGCAGAAGAGAGAGAGCGAAGGCUUCGGCUUUGUCCUCAGAGGAGCAAAAGCUGAGACGCCCAUCGAGGAGUUUGCGCCCACUCCAGCGUUUCCCGCUCUGCAGUACCUGGAGUCGGUGGACCAGGGCGGGGUGGCCUGGAGGGCGGGGCUGCGUACGGGAGACUUCCUCAUAGAGGUGAACGGCGCUGAUGUGGUGAAGGUGGGCCAUCGCCAGGUGGUGUCGCUGAUCCGGCAGGGCGGCAGCCGGCUGCUGAUGAAGGUGGUGUCCGUUUCCCGCAAGUCAGACACCAACCUGAUCAGGAAGAAAGCCCCUCCCCCUCCCAAGCGCGCACCCAGUACCUCACUGACUCUCCGAUCCAAGUCGAUGACCGCUGACCUGGAGGAGAUAGCCAGGAGGAGGCGCUUUGACAAACUGGACGAAAUGUUGGCUGGAAACACACAGGAAGUGAUCAUGCGGUCCCGCCCCUCCGAUGACUUCAGGGCGGCCACCGUCAAACAGCGGCCCACCAGCCGGCGAAUCACACAGGCUGAGAUUAAUUCCUUGUUUGAGCGUCAGGGUCUGGUUCCCCCUACUGCUCCAGAGAAGAGCACCAUGGCUUUGCCAAGAGGAAUGUCCAGAACCAAAAGUUUUGGCACGCCUGAGGACGACAGGCUCUCCGCUCUGAUCAACGAGAGUCGUUUCCCGAGGAGCUCCUCACUGACGGACAGCUUCAUCCCGCCUCCUCCUCAGACAGCUCCCCCCCCUCCUCCCUCCGCCUCCCCCCUCUUCCUGCUGGACUCCGGGCCUCCUCCCUCCUUCCUUCCCCCGCCUCCCCCUGCCCGAGGGGAGGGCCUGACCCGCUCCAGCUUCAAGCCAGGAGCGGAACCGCGGCUGCAGGAGCUCUCAGACUCGCCAUCCAGGAGCCACGCCCACGCAGAGCGCCAGAGGAAGGCCAGGUCCAUGAUCAUCCUGCAGGACACGCCCCCUCAGCUGCAGACGGAGAUGCACGUCGCCGCCGCCAUGCACACGCUGCACACUGCCGGUACGCACACCCCCACGCUGUCGCUCCACGGCUCAACUGCCGCCCUCGGCCAGUCACCAUUGUCACGCCGCCGCGGACGUCCCAUAGAAAACCCUUACGCUAAUGUGGGCCAGCAGGCUGCGCCCUCUAAACCUCAGAGGAGAAAGUCACCGCUGCUGAAACAACUUCCUGUAGAGGAGCAAGGACUCAAAGACCACGAUGGAAAGUUGGAGGUGGGCGGACCCAGCAGCCCCAGCAGGGCAGAGCUAUACCAGCAGCAGGUCCUGUCCGAGCGUGCUCGGGUCCAGGGCCGCCGCUCAUCCCUCUUCCUGUCAGUGGAGGGCUCUGGCUCUGAAAACCAGGUUCCGCCUCUCCUGACCCAGAGUCACUCAAUGGACGACCUCGGGGAGUUGCCUCCGCCCGCGCCUGUCCUGUCGCCAUCGCCGUCCCCUCACACCUUCCUCCACCCGCUGACCGGGAAACCUUUGGAUCCUUCAUCUCCACUCGCCCUGGCUCUGGCCGCACGAGAACGAGCGCUCACAGCCCGCACGCCCAGCCCUGAGCCACGAAGCAAGCAUGCUUCUGCCUCGACCACUCCCAUACCCACCCCGGCUGCCAGCCCUGAGGGCAGACACAAGCGCACGCCUGUCCCCACUCCGCAGAGCAGCCCCGAGCCGCGAUCCAAACGCACCACCCCUCAGACCAGCCCCGAGCAGCGAAGCAAGCGCACCACUCCUCAGACCAGCCCAGAGCUCAGGCACAAGCGCAUAACUCCGCCCCUGUUCCCCGAUGAUCAGGUGGAACGGCCCGAAGCCGAGGGGGGCGUGACAUCUCCCGCCGGUCCCUCCUCUGAGCGCUGGAGGCCUGUCCCGCUGACAGGCUUGGCCAAUGAGAGCCACUCUCCUCUGAUUGACAGGCGCAGGAGCCUGACAAUUGGCAGUUCAGAGGAAGAGGGCGGGGCAUAUACUGUUACGCUCCCCCCCGCCUUGUUGUCAUCCAGUGACGAGGAGACGAGGGAGGAGCUGCGCAGAAUUGGCCUGGUGACUCCGCCCCCUGCUUUUUCCAGCUCCCCCGCCCCACUUACCUUGUUGCCACGGCGAGGUGGGGAGGGCGGGGGCAGCGCCUCCGACUCCUUGGGGAGGAGAGCCGAGGAGGAGGAGGAGGGUGAUGAAGAGCGUCUCCACGACAGCUCCUCUCCCAGCUCCCUCCCGCCCUCCAUCACCUUAGCCUCACCUCCUGCUACCUCCUCCCCAUCCUCACCGCCCGCCUCUCAGGCCGCCACAUCCCCGUCCGCCCUCAAACCCCGCCUCCGCUCCCCUAUUGGACGAGGCCGUUCAGCGCUCAGGGACCCUCUCCUCAAGCAGUCAUCUGACAGCGAGCUCCUCCCCUCAGCCCCCUCAUCCUCCUCCCCCACUUCCCCCCUCUCCGCCUCCCCCACCGGCGGACGCCAGCCUCGCUACCUCUUCCAAAGGCGCUCCAAGCUGUGGGGGGGUGGCGAGGACCGUGCCAGCGACCGCCGAGGAUUUGGUUCUGAGGAGGGCGGCGGCCGGCCAGCGGCUCUGGGGGGUCAAGGGUCAGGGGUGGACCUGAGUGGGCGAUCUGUGUCCGUGUCGGCGUUGGAGCUGAGUGGCCGUGCUGGGUCGGGCCUGGACCUCGCCAACCGGCUCCAACUGCUCAACAAGGACAGCCACUCCUUGGGGGAGGAGCCUAGCUCUUUGGACCCGGGACGAAGGUCUCCAGUAGGCGGGGCCAGGUGUGUGGACAGUGGCGAUAGAAAAUCGUUGUUCUCCAGUCUGGGCGAGCUGCACACCAUCUCCCAACGAGGAUUCGGCGCCACCUACACGGUCCGACCAGGAAGCCGUUACCCUGUCACCCGCAGGAGCCCCUCCCCUUCUCCCUCCCCUUCUCCCUCGGAGAGGACGACAGGGCUGGGCUCGUCCCCCUUGCCGUGCUCUGACAGGCCGGACCUGAGCUCAGGUCGAGGUCUGACCAUCCUCAAGUCAUCCAGUCUUAGUCUGCCCUCGGAACCCAAGGAAGUCCGCUUCGUCAUGCGCAGCGCCAGCGCUCGGACCCGGUCCCGCUCGCCCUCCCCAUCCCCCCACGCCUCGCCAUGCCCCUCGCCGGUCCUGAGCGGACCCUUGCUGGCCCUGCGGCCGUGGAGGCAGCGGCCUCUCAGCCUGUGGAACAAAUACGACGUGGGCGACUGGCUGGAGAGCGUGGGCCUGGCCGAGCACCGCCAACGCUUCCAGGAACACGAGAUUGAAGGCUCGCAUCUUCCCGCCCUCACAAAGGACGACUACGUGGAGCUGGGCGUCACCCGAUUGGGUCAUCGCAUCAACAUCGAGCGGGCCCUCAGACAGCUGCUGGAGGGCUCCACUUGACCUGAGUGUUAGCGAGCUGCGUAUCCUCUCGUAUCGUCCGCUCUUUCAUCAAACGCUGAAUUACUGCUGAGCUCUUUAACAAGCACAAACCUUCCAAGUGAAGAACCACGUAAGUAACACCUGACUGAUGCUCCUCAGCGGUCGUCCGCGACCACACAUCAUCUCCACCAAAUGAGAGUUCAGUCCAGCAGCGCUAGCCGUUGAGCCAAAAGCCCUGAGCUGUCAACCCACUGCCCAGCGCAGCCCUUAAGGUGGCGGGGAGCUUUACACAACGCACUGUUGCACACACUAGGUGGCAUCCUGAUAAUCACCCGGAACACACCUUGACCUAGCCUAGCCUAGCCUAGCCUAGCCUAUGCGAGUGAGCUAAUUCCACUUUGAUCAAAGAGCUGAUUGUUUUCCUUCAGUUAUCGAAUAGUGUUCUUUUAGACUUUCUAUCUUACUUAGCGCUGACCAUUUAGCAACAAUGAUGUGCUUGUGAUGACGUUUGAUGGUGGACUUCUUGUUGUGCUGCUGAUUGUUGACUGAUUGAUGGUGCUACAUGUUCCCGCGAAGCCAUCUGUACACAAAUCUACAGAGUUUCCUCUCUGCCAUAAGGGUUCGCUUUGAACCCGCCAUACGUGGAGAUUCUGCCCUGCUUGCUCAGAUAUAUUUUCCUUUCCAAGAAGAGAGCUUCUCUCCUGCUAGGAAGGGUGCGUUCAUCCCAAAAGUAUAAUUUUCUUAUUAUUUUUACUGCGUCACCUCCAGCGAUAGAAGGACAACACGCUUGUUAGCUAGCUUCAGCCACUGGGAUGGGACUUAGGCUAUGCUAAGCUAACACAAUAAAACACGCAAGGAAGCACAAGCGCUUCGUCCUUGUGUGUGGCCGACAGCCGCAAGGCUUCCGUGAGCGUGACAUCAAAGAAAAGUAGGUGUUGUGCAAAAAUGUCAUUUUUCAAGACAAUGCGUUGAGAUGGGGCCACGACACCAGCAGCCGUCCUUUUUGUCCCCUCGCCCCCCCACCAGAGACGGGCCCGGGGAGACACGGGACAGAGGCAAAAGCUGACGAAGAUACGAUGAAGACGGUAUGAAGCUACGUGUGGCUGGGAGGUCACGUUAGAUCAUUAGAAUAUGUAGCUGAUUAUUUGAUCUGAAUAUCUUUGAUUCAUCGAGACGAUUAAUAAGCAAUAGACUCCUCCAUUGAUUAACUAUUAUUUCUUUCUAGAAGGUUGUUGUUGGACUGAGUGAAGACGUGUGUAACCUUUCUAAUAAAGGCUCAUUUACUACACACCUUCACCUCUCACCUUGUCUGCCUGCCUCAUGAUGGAUGAUGCAUGCCCUCGCCUCGCUAGUUGGUUAAUAAGUGAAGAUUUUUGUUUGUUUCUUUUGGCUUUUUUCCUGAUUACGGCUUUGGCUUGAGCACUUUAUGCCCUUCCUGACGAAUAACAAUGACGCUUAAAGUGGACGAGCAUCUAGCAUUUUUUCUUCACUUAGCAUAAUCACGUCAAGUGCUUGUAUAAGUGCCUUCCUCUGAAUAAGCUAUAAAUGCUAAUAUAA